AUGUGCCCCGACUGGGAAUCAAACCCACAUCACUGGCUGGCGCUUGGCAGUUUCAUAAUCUACUUUUUUCCCACUGGUCAUAUUUUGAACAAUUUCUAUGUAUUAAUCAUUAUGUUAGUACUAAAUUUGUAAGAAUUCAUAAUUACUAUUUUAUAGAAAUGUUUCAUUCAUUUAACCUGCUAUUGUAUGACUCAGAAUACUGAAUAUUGCCUGUGAAUGUACAUGUCUCUAAUGUAUUGACUUUUGGUCGAUGUGUAUACUGGAAAAUCUUAUGUUUACAUCCAUAUAAUUCAAUACAACAUUUUAAAAUAUGACACAUAGGAAAAGUUUCAAAUUAAUCAGAAAUACGAUUAGUAAAACAACAGUUAUAUAAAUAUUUUGAUCAGUAUAUAGAUUGGCAUAUCAACGAAAUGGAUGUGAAGAUGUUCAUGAUAUUAAGAGAGGCCAUGUUAUUGCACACAGAGCAACUAGCUGUUAAUAACCAUAAUAUUGUUUGGCCAUCAGAUGUUUGGUGAUCAGCAAGUGAUAUUUUCAUAAAUUUUUGUCCAAAUGUAAUAGUUUAUUACUUAUGUAGGUGUUUUGUUGUGUUGAAUUGUGUUUUAGGAAAUAACUUGGGGGUUUUUGCAUUAAAUGUGAUGUGUUAUAUUUUUCAAUUUUUAAAUAUUGGGGAAAAAACUUUGGUUAGAGAUUUUUACUCAGAAAGAUUGCUUUUUCAAGAAUAGUUAAGGUGGAAAGACCUAUGUAAUAUCUAGUUCUCAUAACCUGGCAACACCCCCCCAGCCCACCAGUCCCCCAGCCCAGAUUCUGUGUGAUAUAGCACUUACGUAUGGUCUCUGAAACAUAAGAAUGUCUGUCAAUUUAGAGAUAGGGGAAAAUCCAGUGAUGUAGCAUCAAGCUACAGUAGGUGUUACAUAGAUGGCCAAGUUUUGCCCAGAAUUUGUAUUGUACAAAGAUCUGAUGUUAAGAGAUCUAGAGGAGCAUGGUUUUGCUAGGUCAAGAUCAACUCGUCCCAUUAUUUCUAAUCUGCCUUUUUAGAGCCUUUUGUUUCAUGUUAUGGGUUUGUGAAAAAUCCCUUUGAGAUGUGCAGAGUUGGAAAUGGACACCUCUGCUCUGUUAUUGCUGUAGCUUCCUCUUCUUUUUAAUUGUUCUUUCUCAUAUUGACCAAGGCUUUUAGUCUGAGUUUUGAUAUAGUCAUAGUAUAGCUGAAUUAGUGUAUUAGUUAGGAUAAGCUAUCAUGCUCUGUUAGCAACCAACCCCCAAAUCUCAAUGACUUACAAAAUAAUUUUUUAUUUCUUGCUCACGUUCCAUGUCCAGUGUCAGCCAGUAUAGACAGGGUCCCAGACCAAAGGAGGCUCCACCAACGUAUAGCUGUACCACCCUGAAACACACAGUCUCCUUUGCCACCACAUCACCAAAUAGAAAGAUUAGGGACCUGUGCAGUCUUUCCAAUGCCUCAGACUGAAGUGAUAUAUCACUUCAGCUCAUAUUUAACCAACUACAACCAGAUUAUGGCCCUGCCUAACUGCUAGGGUAUGAAAAAUGUUACCUUCUCUGUGCCCAGAAGGAGAUGAAAACUGGAUAAUUGGAAAACUGGACAAUGGUGAUGAAACAUUAGUAAUAAAAUUAGUAACAUCUACCACACUGGCUAAGACCCAUUUCUUUUUCUGUAUGUAGGAAGUUGAUUCUGUAAAUAGGAGUGAUUUCUCUUUGUAGCAAGGACAUCCUGGACUGUGGAGAGAGGGUUAACAAGAGGCCUGUGCCCAGGACUCUGUACUUGUCCAAGAGAAGAACCUAGACUAAUCUGAGCAGGUCAGGUAGUUCUAAAAAGCCAUGGCCCAGGGAUUGGUGACAUUCAGGGAUGUGGCCAUAGAGUUCUCUCAGGAAGAAUGGAAGUGUCUGAAACCUGCCCAGAGGGACUUGUACAGGGAUGUGACUUUAGAGAACUUCGGUAACUUGGUUUCACUAGGACUUUCCUUUUCUAAGCCUGAUGUCAUCUCCUUAUUGGAGCAAGGGAAAGAACCCUGGAUGAUUACAAAUGAUAUAACAGGACCAUGGUGCCCAGACUUGGAGUCCAGAUGUGAGAAAUUUCCUCAUAAUGAUAUUUUAGAAGUAAAGGCAUUCAGUGGGGAGCUAAUGGAAAGCCUUAAAUGCUGUGAUUUUGAGAGCACUAAUUUUAAAGAAGACUGGGAAUACAAACAUCAAUUUGAAAAACAAGUGAACAACGGAUGUUAUUUCAAGCAAGUGAAAAUCACAUAUGAAAACAUACCCACAUUUGAGCAUCAUACAUCCCUCACUCUACAUCAGAGCAAUGAGAUUGGCAAGAAACUAAUUGAGUGUAAUGAAUGUGGGAAAGCAUUUAACCGUGGCUCACACCUUAUGCAACAUCAGAAAACUCAUACUGGUGAAAAACCCUUUGAAUGUAAGGAAUGUGGGAAGGCCUUUAGUCGAGCCUCACACCUUGUUCAACAUCAGAGAAUUCAUACAGGUGAGAAACCUUAUGACUGUAAGGAAUGUGGGAAGGCCUUUGGUCGUUCUUCAGAACUUACUCUACAUCAGAGACUUCAUACAGGUGUCAAACCCUAUGAAUGUAAACAAUGUGGAAAAACCUUUAGACAGCAUUCACAACUCAUUCUGCAUCAAAGAACCCAUACGGGUGAGAAACCUUAUGUAUGUAAAGAUUGUGGGAAGGCUUUUAUUCGUGGCUCACAACUUACUGUUCAUCGGAGAAUUCAUACAGGUGCUAGACCCUAUCAGUGUAAAGAAUGUGGGAAGGCCUUUAGACAGCAUUCACAACUUACUGUGCAUCAGAGAAUUCAUACUGGUGAGAAACCCUAUGAAUGUAAGGAAUGUGGAAAGGGCUUUAUUCAUAGCUCAGAAGUUACUCGACAUCAAAGAAUUCAUUCUGGGGAGAAACCUUAUGAAUGUAAAGAAUGUGGAAAAGCCUUUAGACAGCAUGCACAGCUUACUCGACACCAGAGAGUUCAUACUGGUUACAGACCCUAUGAAUGUAAGGACUGUGGGAAAGCCUUUAGUCGUAGUUCAUACCUUAUUCAGCAUCAAAGAAUUCAUACAGGUGACAAACCCUAUGAAUGUAAGGAAUGUGGGAAAGCCUUUAUUCGUGUUUCACAACUGACUCAUCAUCAGCGGAUUCAUACUUGUGAGAAACCCUAUCAAUGUCGCGAAUGUGGAAUGGCCUUUAUUCGUAGUUCACAACUUACUGAACAUCAGAGAAUUCAUCCUGGUAUCAAACCUUAUGAAUGUAGAGAAUGUGGGCAGGCCUUUAUUCUUGGUUCACAGCUCAUUGAACACUACAGAAUCCAUACUGGUUAGAAAGCCUUGAAUAUUAGGGAUGUAGGAAAACCUUUAUAUGGAGUUUACACCUGACUUAAUAUUAGAUAAAGCCUAAUGUAGUAUAAUAUCAGAAAAUCUUCAUUUGUCAUAUCCAUUGUGGAACAUCAGGCAUCUCAUGCCAGAAGAAAAUUUAAUAAAUGGGGAUUGUUUUUGCCUCACUCUCACUGUUUACUAUGUAUCAGAGAAAUUAUGGUGAAAAAAAAUAUUAAUAUGAAUGUAAAACAUCUCUGUUACUACUCAGAAUGUAUUAAACUUCUGAGAAUUCCUAAUAGAAAAUGACUGUAUUAGAAUAUUUUGUGAAUGUGCCUUUUGCUGUGGCAUGUACCUUAACUUAGUAUUAUUUCAUUUCUACCAGUUACUGACUGUACAGCAUUGGGCUAAUUAUGUUGUCUCUCUUUUCCUCAGUUUACUUAUUUUUAAGCCGUGAUAAUUAUACCUACCUAAUAGAGUUUUUGUGAGGACUGUCAGGUAUUUUAUAUAAAGCCUAUGCUUAAUAAAUGGGUAUUAGCUAUUAAUCAUUAAUAAAUAGUGUUACCAUUAAGGAGAGCCUUGUGAAUGUGUCAAAUAUCAAAAUGCCCUUAUAACCACUUGUGAUAAUUCAUUCUGAAAACCAGUAGUAAAGUACAUGACAAAUAUUUCAUUCAAAAGGUUAGAAAUGCAAAUUAGUGCUGGGUACCUAUAGCUAUCUGUUCACAACACCCAAAUCAAUAAAACAUUGUCUCCUCUGUCUUUUAACUGAAAAAAAAAAAAUCAGAAGAUUAGAAGUUAACAGAAAAGUAGCCAAAAGAAAUCUGCUAUUUAUAAAACCAAGUAUACCUUGAUUUCAAGAAAAAACAAAAGUAAAAUUACAAACUAGAAAUGAAUGACACUAAAUUCUACAUAUCAAAACCAGUACAUUGUAGCCAAAGUUAUCAGAAGCCAAGGAUAGAAGGUAGGGGUUUUGUUCUUCAAAUAUUGAUCUUCAACACCCAAGUAAUUGCAAGUCACAUACUGAGCACAUUGAAUGAAUGGUCAACUCUAAAAGUUAGGAAAAAAUUAACACCUAAAACCCAAGACAACAGAAAGAAUGAUUAUUGAAAAUAAAAGAAAAAGUAAAGUAGAAAAUGGUAGACUUAACCUAGUGGUUGUUUAUUUAAUAAGAUAUAUAAGAUGAUCGACAAGUCUGAUCUAGAAUCAAUACAUUUACUAUUAUGAAUGAGGAAGGGGCAGAUUCUUUUUAAGUAGUUCCUAUGCAUGACUUUAUUCUAAUAUAUUUGAAAUCUAGAGAGAAUGGGUUUUUACAAAAAUAUCAAAAUUGGUUCAAGAAGAUGUACAAUACCUGAAUAAAUUAGUGAUUGUAAAAGGACAUAAAAAGUCAUCAAAGUCUCUACCCCCUUCAGAGAAAGUAGUUACACCUACAAAAACAAAGGAUUAUCUGCCAGUUCACUUUCAAGGCUAAAUAAAAUUAUGAUUAGGAAAAAAAAACUUUGACAACAAGGAUAGCUCCCAAAAACAAAUUGUAUAUGGUUAUCAUUUGUAAAGAUUAAUAUAAGUAAAAUUUCUUCUAAUUUAAUCCAAUCUGUUAAAAUGAAAAAGUAAUUUUAAAUGGACCAUCUAGGAUUUCACCUGUUCUGAAUUAAGUAUGUCUUUAGAAUUUUGGUAUUAUAGCUGCAGGUGAUGACAAUGAUGGGGAGAAGAGCCUUGAUCCAACCCCAAUGACAUUUGGAUCAGGACUUGUGAAUCUGAGAAAUUUUAAGAAGUAGGUCCCCUCAGCCCUUGGGGCAGCCAGGCAGUGGUGGGGGCAGAGGGGCCUCCAAAUACCAUCCACUUCAGAAAUCUUGCAUGUUCCAUAAAAGCAUAUGCAUGUGCCACAAGGGAUUAGAAAGCAGUGUUCUGCAUGCCAUUUUUUUUAGGUGGUUUAAUAAUUAAGAUGUACAGUUGGAGGGGCUCAAAGCUAUGACAUUAAAAAGUCAUACAUGAAUAGUUAAUACACAUGCACAAGAUAAAAUUUUUAAAGUUAUACAAUUUUAGUAUACAGACUUAAAUCUCCAUACUAUCUGUGCCCCCUUUUCACCCCAUUGACUACUAUUUAGUAAUAACUGGUAUCAAGGUCUUGUGUAUACUUCUUCACUUUUAUGUUUGCAUAAGGCUAUACAUAACACUAAGAAUUUACAAAAAUGGUAGCUAAUCCCUAUACAUUGCUAUUUUUACUUAUCUAUACACCAUGAAGAUUAGGCCGUAUCAAUACAUACAUAACCCUUAUUUUUAACAGCUGCAUAGUAUUUCAUGUUUGGUUUCAUUAUUUGAAACCUUAGUAAUUUCAUUUUUAUUACUUUUGCUCUUUUAAACAAUACUAUAAUAAAUGUCUUUGCGCAUAAAUCUUUAGAAGUGGAAGUACUAAAUCAAAAUGUGUACACUUUUUUAACUUUAUUGUGAAAAUGUGAACAUAUAUAAAAAUACACAGAAUAUUACAAUGUACCCCAAAGCCCCCAUCACCAGCUUCAGUAAUUAUCAACUCAUGGCCAGUCUUUUUUUUUUAAGAUUUUAUUUAUUUUUAUUUUUAGAAGGGAAGGGAAGGAGAAAGAGAGGGAGAGAAACGUUGAUCAUUUGCCUCUCGCACACCCCCAACCUGGAAUAGAACUUCCAACCUGUGCAUCUGCCCUGACCAGGAAUUGAACAGGCAACCUUUUAGUUUGUGAGAUGACAGCUAGCCCACUGAGCCACACCAGUCAGGGCAUAGCCAGUCUAGUUUUAUGUGUAAUCUUAUUCUUGCCUCCAUGUUACAAUAUUUUUGAAAUAAAUCCCAGAUAUAUUAUUUCAUCCAUAAAUACCUCAGUAUGCAUCUCUAAAUACUAUAUCACAACUUUAGAAAAGAUUUUCAAGUUUUUUAAAAAAUUGACAAUACUGCCUUAAUGUCAUUACAUAUAUGAUAGUGUUUUCUAGUUAUUUUAUAAAUGUCAAUUUAAAAAAUGUAAAAAAAUUUGAAUUACAUAAAAUAAAAAAAAACAAUGUCCACAAAUUACAGUUGAUUGUCAUGUCUCUUAAAGUCUCAAUCUAGCAUUCUCCCGUGUCUUUUUUCUUCUUGCAAUGUAUUUUUUGAAGAAACAAAGUUGUUUGCCUUAUAGAAUUUCCAAAGCCUGCUUUUUGUUAGCUGCAUCCUUAUGGUGUAGUUUAACAUGGCCCUCUAUCCUCAGUGUUUCCUAUUAAUUGGUAGUUGGUAUCUAGAAGCUUAAUCAUACUGAGAUUAAAUUUUUUUGUUAAGACCACUUACAGGUGAUCAAUAUUAAGAGGCACAAUAUUUAGGUGUCUUUCUUUUUAUGACUUAGCAGUCACUGAUAUUCAAUUUAUAAAUCCAUUCAUUAGGGAUUGCAAAAUGAUAUCCUAUUAUUUACUCUUCCUUUGUUAGCUACAAUAUUUUUAUGAAGAGAAACCCCUUCAACUACCAUUUGGUUACCCAUGUUACAGUAAGGAAAGGCAAGAUAAAUGCUUCUUUCUUACUUACCCUUAUUGAUUUUUAAAAGAAUGAGUUGGUUCCCUAGUAUUUUGCAUGGUAAUCAGUGAGUUGGGAUGAGAGGGAUGAAGUAUAUUUAAUAUGUUUAAAUUCAUUUAACCUUAUUGAUACUCAAAUUGUUCCAUGUGUGGUGUGUGGAUGCCUCUUUCAUUUGGCUCCUGUAUCCUUUUGAGAUGACCACACUAGUCUUUAAAGUUUAUUAUUAUUAUUAUUGAUCUGAGAGAAAGAGAGAGAGAAAUCAAUUUGUUGUUUCACUUACUUAUGCAUUAUUUGGUUGCUUCUCAUAUGUGCCCUUACCAGAGAUCAAGCCUGUAACCUUGGCAUAUCUGUACAACACUCUAAGCAACUGAGCUACCUGGCCAGGGCUAAAGUAGUCUUUAAUUGCUUGCUACCGGUCACAACAAGAUGUGCCACACUCAUCUUUUUCAUUUCCUGCCUUUCACCUUGAAGUAACCAUUUCCAAGGAGUUUUCUUUCUUUUUAAUAUUUUGGUCCUUUCCCAAAUUGUAUUUGGAAACUGCAUUGUAUUGCUAGGAGUGCAAUCUCACGGUCCUGGUCGGACAUUUUUUAGAAAUAUAUACAUUUUAAGCUAUUUUAUAUGCAUUGCUCAAGUGCCUUCAAGAACAUUAUGCAUCUACCUGAAGUAAAAGAUCCCAAAGCACCACAUUUUUCAAACCCUGGAGGGAACAUUUAUUCUGAACAUAGACCAUUUAAUACAUGAAAAUAGAAAAGUCAUUUUUAUUUUCACUUCCAUUCCUUUGAUUGUGAUUAAUGUAAAGAUGACCAUUUAUUUACCUAUUUAUUGACCAAUGGUAUUACAUUUAGCAUGGGCCUAAAACAUAGUAGGUACUCAACAAAUAUUUUUCAAUUGAAUAAAUUAUACAUAGCCUUUGUUCACUUAAUACUGGGAUAGUCAUUUUUCUUAUUAAAAUAACUUUUUGAGAGGAAUAAAUAUGUAUAAAAUUCCUAGCACAAUGUCAGAAACUCAGCAACUAUUAGUUCCCUGCCUUCUUAUUUGCAUAUAUUGUCAUUUAUGUCUCUGUUUUUCAACUUUAACGAAUAAAGAAAUUGAGAGUCAAAGAGAUUAAGUAGCUUGUCUAAAGCUUCUUAAGUAGAGAAUCCUAAUUUCAAGGACAAGGGCAGCAAAGGGUAGAGUGUCAUGUAUACAGCUUUCAGAAUGUAUGACUGUGAAAA